AUGACAACCAAAGGAACAUCUCACUCUGAACCCAACACAGAGUGUUGUAUGUGUGGGGAUCUUGGCUUCUCUGAUCAGCUUUUUCAAUGCAAAGUCUGCCAAUUCAGAUCUCAGCACAGAUACUGCAGCAACCUGUACCCCAAGCCAGAGUCUCUUGGAACCUGCAAUUGGUGUUUGAGUCAGAGAGAGGACACCAAAGAGAAGUCAACCAAUUCUUCGAAUUCUUCCUCGUCAAUUAGGAACAACGAUGAUGAGAGCAGGAUGAAGAGAAUCAGGAAUGGUAGCAACAACAGUGCUCAAAACAUUGGAGUGAAGAAGGGAGUGAAAGGGAGUGGUAUCCUUCAUCUCCAAAUUCAGAAAUCCAUUAAGAAACCAAAGUCACCAGAGUCAUCAAGAUCGCCAUCAGCAUCCACAUCCCCCCCAAAAUCUUCACCGGUUCUGGUUUCUACCCGCAAGAGAAUAGUCACCAACGGUGCCUUGGAAGAGAGACUGAGGAGGACCAGGUCAGAAGACAUCGCAAAUUCGAGUGGUGCCACCAAACAGGUCUUCAAGAAUAAGGUCAGAAGGUACAAGCUUUUGGAAGAAGUUUCUAGUUAA